ACAUAAAAUCAAAAUUUUUUAACAAGAAGUAUGGCGAUGUCACGGACAAAAUAUUUGACAAUUUUUGUAGUUUUUUGUGCCUUUUUAUUAGGAAAUGCCGAAAAACAUAUAAUUACUUUAAAUGAAAAUAAUUGGACUGAUAUGUUAAGUGGUGAAUGGAUGGUUGAGUUCUAUGCACCAUGGUGUCCUGCAUGUAAGGGUUUGCAGCCUGUCUGGAAAGAGUUUGCCUCAUGGUCUGGAGAACUUGAAAUUAAAGUUGGUCAAGUCGAUGUCACAACAGCACCCGGUUUGAGUGGCAGAUUUGUAGUUACUGCUUUACCUACAAUUUUUCAUGUUAUUAAUGGAGAGUUUAGACAAUACAAAGGAGCAAGGGACAAAGAUUCUUUUAUUACAUUUAUAGAAGAAAAGAAAUGGAAAUCUGUUGACCCGGUUCCUAGCUGGAAAGCUCCAGAUACUAUUCAGAUGUCUAUUGUGGCUUCUUUCUUUAAACUGUCGCAAUUCCUAAGGACUGUUCACAACUAUCUUAUGGAAGAAUUUGGCUUGCCAACUUGGGGUUCCUAUAUGAUUUUUGCUCUUACAACAAUAAUUCUAGGAGCGUUUCUUGGACUGCUUCUUGUUUGUGUUAUUGAUUUUGUUUAUCCACCAAAAGGAGCAAGUUAUACCAAAUUACCUAGAGAUAAAGAUCAAGACAAGAAUGAUAAGAAACAGUCCCACAGUGACAAUGAGCUUGAUGAUGAGGAUAUAAAAGAUGACCUUGUUGAUGAUGUAAAGGGCUCGGACAAAGAAAAGCUGUCUGGAUCUGAAACAGAUAAUGAAAGUGAUGCAGGUGAAAAGGACAAUUCUGAAAAAAGUACUUCUUCCAGUCCUAUAGUAAAAAAACGAAAGCCAAGGAAAGCUGACUGAAUAAUUGUGAAACUACCAAAUACUAAAUGAGUGAGAUUCUUGGCAUGAUAGCUUUAAGGAUGACUUUUUUUGGGUUGCUAUGAAAUUUUUGGAAAUAUUAUACUUUGAACUUUACUCUCACUUUUAUAAAUUCAACAUGGAAUUUAUUAUACAUACAUAUGUGCAAAUGUUAUUUAUUAUACUGCAGGUCUAUGCAUUUACGUACUUUUUGUAACUAUUACUACUCACUGAUUUAUAUUGAUAAUACUUGUAAUAUUAUGUAUAUACAUGUACUUAUACAUGUAAAAAAAUUUUAGAAAUUAA